AUGAACGGCGACAGUAGCUCAGGCAGUGCAUCUUCUGGCGCGUCAGCCAACAAUAACAACCACAGCAACAACACUGCUGUGACAACCAGCGCCGCCACCGCAAGCACCGCGACUGUUGCGACUACGACGACCGCUGUCACUGCUGCUAACUCAUUUGCCCCUCUUACGUCGCUCCGCUCAACUGCCUUUCCAGCGACCACCACUGCGACUAAGAACAUGGCGGUUCCAUCCUACCUGCCGGCGCCUGCCUUCCGACCAGCCGCGGCGUCGUCCCAGUCUUCGUUUCCAUCGUCGCUCGCCUCUGCCGCAAAUGGUCCCGAGCGCGAUCUGAGCAAGAAACCGCUGGGAAGCUCGCCGACUGUGACCCCUCCGACCCUUUCGUCGGCGCUGAUUCGAAACCUCCCAGCUAACACAACUGAGGAGUCGCUGCGUUUGAUGAUGGUGUUCUCCACUGACCUCGUGGAUGUCGAGCUUCUUCCCGUCGAGCAAGUAACAAAUGACAAGGGCUUCCGGUCGGCCAUUUUGAAGUUCAAGACCCCCGCCGGCGCGCAGGAAGCCAAGAGAAUACUCGAUGGCAAGUCGAACAUCACCAACGAUGCUGAACUGGUUGUCGAGAUUUUGGGCAGCUCCAGCCCCACUACGGCUUUGGGCAAUCGGUUCCCCACCGAUUCGAUCUUGCCCACAACGUCCGCAGCGACCGGUGUUUCGAUGGCUCCCACGGCCCCGUCGUCCCGGCAAACAUCUCGGUUCAACGGCACCUUCCAGGCUCUCGAAAAGAUGCCUCCUCCGAGUGCUACCACGUCCGAUGCGAACGCAUCUUCUUACCAGAAGAUCUUUGGGCCCCAGUCACCGAUCGGCAACCACCUCGCGAACGGCUCGCAGAUCACCAGCAAGUCCCUGAUUGACUCUGUAGAUGAUGAUGAAACCAAGGAACUCAUUAACGAUCCGGUUGGAUUUGCUGAAAACGGGUUGCAGCGGCGUCAGACUGCUCCUCAACUGCCCAUCAGUGCCAUGGCCAAUCUGUCGCUGAACACGAACCCUACUCCGCCCCCGGCGCCAGUACCCUACUAUGGCCAUCCAGGUGUUGGUGGUGUUUCUGGCCAUCCUAAUACCAUGUCGCCAACAGCGAUGGGGCCGUCCGGCCCUGGCAUGGGCUACCAUCACCAGCCCCCGUAUCGUCGGCACUAUCCGCCGAUUAACCCAGCGGACCAGAACCCUCCUUGCAAUACCCUUUACGUUGGAAACCUGCCCCACGAUACGUCUGAGGAGGAGCUCAAGGCCAUGUUUUCGAAGCAGCGUGGCUACAAGCGUCUUUGCUUCAGGACCAAGGCCAACGGCCCUAUGUGUUUCGUCGAGUUCGAGGACGUUACUUUCGCUACGAAGGCUCUGCAUGAACUCUACGGUCAACCUCUGCACAACAGCGUCAAGGGCGGCAUCCGUCUCAGCUUUUCUAAGAAUCCACUCGGUGUCCGCUCCAACCAAAAUCCCAACAAUCCUGCGAACCGUGCAAACAACGGCUUCACCACUGCCAGUGGUCCUCCGCCUGGUCUGACUGCUCCUCCUGGCCUCGGAGGUGUGGCUCGUGGUGGCGGAUACACAGCUCCCUCAGCUGUCCUGGGUGCUGCCUCAACCAACAUGUACGGCUCGCCUACAGCCACCCCACACACUAACCCAUGGGGUAGUCCUUAUGGUGGCUACAACUCGGUUAUGUCCGGUCCGAGUGCAGCAAGCUACCCUCCGGCCUACAUGAUGGGACGUUGA